AAUCACAGCCAUGGCGGAAUUUUCUUCCAUUCAAGAUUAUCAUCCCACCGGCGACUACUCGUCAGAAUCUUCCUACUCUUGGGAUGAGCUUCUUUUCCACCACCAUUCACUUCCCUUCAAUCUUAACGAUUCCCAAGAUAUGCUUCUCUUCGAUAUGCUCGCCACUAAUGGCGUCGCAUCCAUGGCCGCCGAUCAGUCGUCGGAAUCCAACAUAUCCACCGCCGGCGUCAUCAAGGAAGAGGAAGUCACUUCAGGAUCCCCACCGGAAAAAUCCCAGAAAGAAAAGUCUUACAGAGGGGUGAGACGGCGGCCGUGGGGGAAGUAUGCCGCGGAGAUACGGGAUUCCACCCGACACGGUGUUAGGGUUUGGUUGGGUACGUUUGAUAGUGCGGAGGCAGCCGCCAUGGCGUAUGAUCAAGCGGCAUUCUCGAUGAGAGGAUCGGGGGCGGUUUUGAAUUUUCCGGCAGAGAGAGUGAAGGAGUCACUACAGGAAAUGAAUUACAGGUUCGAAGAAGGGUGUUCGCCGGUGGUGGCGCUCAAGAAACGCCACUCCCUGAGAAAAAAACCGGUGAGCCGGAAAAAGAAACAAGUUAGUGGUGGUGGUGGUACAAACUUAGAAAACAACAUGUUGGUGUUUGAGGAUUUGGGGGCAGAUUAUCUUGAACAACUUUUAACUUCUUCCGAAAGUAGUUCGACGAUUUCUUGGUAAAUUCGACCCGACAGUAUCCGGUAUUCGAUAUCUGGUAUCUGUUCAAGUGGUUGAGACGUUUUCAAGAUAAUGCAGAAGCAUCAGGCCUAAAAUAUCGAAGCUUUGAACCGUUUGGUCAAAGUUUCUUAUUCAAAAUACGAUUUUUCGAGUCUUUCAAGAAAAUUCUUGGUGGAACGAGAUACCCACAUCCAUAUGCUUCCGUCUCUUUCGUGUUUUGUACGAUAUAAUCACUACUGUAUCUUUAACUCUCUGUAAAUCCCAAGUUUUGUUUCUUUUUUUAAAAUAUACAAUAGUUUCGUUAUGUC